GAGGGGUGGGAGCUAGGAGAUUGGGGCCCUUUUUGUUGGUGUUUGUGUCGGCUGCACCUGGUGUUACGACGGUUUGGUCUUGUGGAUGGCGCCGGUUGUUGCUGUUGCCCGUUUUGCUCUGUUGUUUUUGUCGAGUGCUUGACCAUGAUGCGUACACCCGAGAGGCGUGCUGCGUCGAUCGUAGUUGUUCUCGCUUUGCAUGUCUUUGGAACUGAAUGGGGGUCGAAUAAAACAAAGCUUUGAACCGAACACCCAAAGAAGCUUGCACUGCUGUGCUUGCAAACUCUGUCCUCCCUUGUGUUUUUGAUUGGUGUAACCUGGCGAUGGUGGUGCUUCACGUUUAGCACAUCUCCUGCAGAUGCGCCAGCACGUGCGGAGGGUUUGACUGAGAACAGAGUGUCUUGGAUGUUUUGUGCAUGGGCUGUGCCCUGGCAUUCAUGAAAUUGAUGUUUAUGAAACAGCUUACUCGUAUCACGAACGGAUUGCCGCCUUACCCCUCCCUUAUGAAGUCCUGCGUUGUAGCCGCUGCCUGCGUGGCCGGAGCCCAAGCCUUCGUGGCACCCAGCGCGUUCAACGGCGCCGCCGUCGCCACCCCGGCGAAGUCGUCCUCGGCCAUGAAGAUGUCGUUCGAGUCGGAGAUCGGCGCGCAGCCCCCCCUCGGAUUCUGGGACCCGCUCGGCCUCCUCGAGGACGCGGACCAGGAGCGGUUCGAGCGCCUCCGGUACGUGGAGGUGAAGCACGGGCGCAUUGCUAUGCUCGCCAUCGCCGGUCACCUGACCCAGCAGAACACCCGCCUCCCCGGUAUGCUCUCGAACUCGGCGAACCUGUCGUUCGCGGACAUGCCGAACGGCGUGGCCGCUCUGUCGAAGAUCCCCCCGGCGGGCCUCGCCCAGAUCUUCGCGUUCAUCGGCUUCCUUGAGCUGGCUGUGAUGAAGAACGUGGAGGGCUCGUUCCCCGGAGACUUCACCCUGGGCGGCAACCCGUUCGGGUCCUCGUGGGACGCGAUGUCGGAGGAGACCCAGGCGUCGAAGCGCGCGAUCGAGCUGAACAACGGGCGCGCGGCACAGAUGGGCAUCCUGGCUCUGAUGGUGCACGAGGAGCUGAACAACAAGCCGUACGUGAUCAACGACCUCCUCGGCGCGGGGUACACCUUCAACUAGAUUUCUAGACCGUGCGUUCUUCCGACCUUUUGCACCGGGUAUGUUGCUGGGGGGCGCUCUGUGAAUAGCGGUGUUGUGUUGUAACAUUAUUUUUGUGGUUUUGUUAGAUGCUGCGAUGGGGGGCAGGGACGCCUCUCCCUCCCUAGAUGGUAGCCGAAUGAUGCUAUGAUGGCGGCCGCGUUCAAUGGUCAUUUGGGCUCGUAGAAACGGUGUCAUGUCGACUGAUGUAGAACAUACCGACCGUGUACUCCGUAGAUGGUUCGUAUCGCACACCCUCGUGCGUGAGGCGUGCGGUUACUGUUCGGAGGGGAGGGGGCUAGGAGAUUGGGGGCCCUUUUUGUUGGUGUUUGUGUUGGCUGCGCCUGGUGUUACGACGCUUUGGCCUGGUGGGUGGUGCCGGUUGUUGCUGUUGCCCGUUUGCCAUGUUGGUUUCGUCGAGUCGUCGUGUCAGGCUUGACCAUGAUGCGUACACUCGAGAGACGUGCUGCAUCGAUCGUAGUUGUUCUCUGAACGGGGUAUGUCGAUGAAAACAAUAAUUUGAUUCCAAUACCCACACAAGCUUGCACUGAUGUGCUUGCGAACGCUGUCCUCCUUGUGUGUUCGUUUGGUGUAACCUGGCGAUGAUGGUGCUUGAAGUUUAGCACACCUCCUGCAGAUAUACUAGCACGUGAGGAGGAUUUGACAGACAACAGAUUGUCUUGGGUAUUUGGUCCAUGGGCUGUGCCCCGCCAUUCAUGAAAUGGCCUUUUUUGAAACAGCUUACUCGUAUCACGAAGGGAUGCCGCAUCUCCCCUCCUUUACUAUCUUGGAGGGCGAACACAAAGAUGGAGCUGGUUAACCUUCUGCCAUACUU